CGGGACACUGUUUUUUUUUUAUCUCUCUCUCAACGUUAAGGCUGAAUGCAGCGUUUUCUUUGGGGUUUAGCUUAAUAACGCGAGAAAACUGAAGGAAGAUAAGAGUUAAAUUAGCGUGUUGGAGCUAACUGGAGUGAUUUCACCUCCUGUUUUUUUCUUUUGGGACCGGUUAGUGAGCUGUUUUGGACCCACUCUCCUCUCCUGACAGCUGGUUUGCGGAUUGCCCACGUUUUACACUUAAAGUUCACUGAGCCGGCUGAGAUGAGCGGUCCCGAGGUCGCCAACACACCGGGAGGCGGGGCGCCGGGGAAGGAAGGCAAAGAGCCGGUGGCCAAUGGGCACGCAGGAGACGGGCCCGACGCCAACCCGUUCGCCGAGUACAUGUGGAUGGAGAACGAGGAGGAGUACAACAGACAGGUGGAAGAGGAGCUGCUGGAGCAGGAGUUCUUGGAGCGCUGCUUCCAGGAAAUGCUGGAGGAGGAAGACCAGGACUGGUUCAUCCCCUCGCGCGACCUCAACAACCAGGGAGUCGGCCAGCUGCAGCAGCAGCUCAACGGGCUGUCGGUCAGCGACCACCACAGCAACGUGGAGGAGGUGGCGAGGAAGAGCAUGUUGAAUCCAGAGGCGAAGGAAUUUGUGCCAGGGAUGAAAUACUAGAAGUUCCCCUCACCCCCAUGGAGCCUCCAUGCACACAUGAGCCCUUGUACAUCCAGAGACUCUUACGGCCCUGGCCGCACACAUUCUUAUUGCUACACACACACACACACACACACAGACACACACACCUGAAACCAGUGGCGUGCCGGUAGGCCCAGUUGGGGGGUGGGGGGAUUUCUUUUCCUUUUUUUUUUUCUUUCUUCUUUAAAAUUUUAUUUUCAGUUUUUGUUUGUUUUUUUGUUUUGGUUUCUGGUAAACGGAAGGGGGGGGGGGGGGGCACCGGGCUGGAGAGGAAGGGGUGGACGCUAGCUAGCUCAUCGUUUUGCAUUUCACGUGUCAUAGUCGGGGCGUUUUGCAGAGCAGGCGGCGCUUCGCUGCGUUUCCCCGGCAACUGUGGCAGCUACCCGGGAGUCACGGCGGGUCCAAACCUCAAUCCCAGCGCCUUUUUUUGGCGGAAAUUUGAAAUUUGUUCAGGUCGACAAACUGCUUUUUCUAUUAUUAUUAUUAUUAUUAUUAUUAUUAUUAUUAUUAUUAUUAUUAUUAUUAAUUUAGUUUAAAUGAGCAGCGCCGUUUCCAGUAAGGAGAGGGUCUCAGCAGCAGCAGCAGCAGCAAGGCUAAAUAAAGGAGGACAAGAACUUCAGGGGACUGCAGUGAGGUUCUGCACCUGCUCUGUAAACCCGUCGCUCAAUAAAUCAUUAAAGCUGACGUAUAAACCAGCCCCCCCCCCCCCCCCCCCCCAUUUACAUCUCAGCUCCUGUGCAUCUAAACAUCCGAUUAUUGGGACCGUUUCAAAGCAAACGCAGACCCCCCCCCCCUUCUCUACUUUCUCCUGGAGGUUAACUUUUUAAGUUAUCAGAGCAGACAUGGACAGCUGUAAUCGUGGAUGAGAAACUUAUUUUUCAGAUUUUUAUAUGAAGAUCCAGGUUUAUCUUUCUGUCCAGCGUGUCGGAGCCGAGGUGGUUAACGUCUAAAGUCAUUCAUCCAUUUGAGUUUGUCAGAACGAUGCAGUUUAACGCUUUGUUUUGGAUUGUUUGGGGGGUUUUUUUUGGGGUGGGGGGGGCUGGUUUUGCUCUGAAACGCGGCCGCUGCCUCCUUCGGCUGGACCGGCUCGGUUUGUCCAGCGUCAGAUUUGGUGUCCGGAUCAGGUUGUGAAAUGGCUUCGUCUUUUUCUUCCUCUCUGCUUGCGUGUCUUUGAGGUGUCGGUCUCUUCUGUGGCGUCCAGUUUGUCCUGUUAAACGUGGAACACAUGGUGGACAGUAUUGCAUCCCUGCCGUUCUUUUUAUUCCCAUUAGACGACAGAGUGAGGAUUAUUAUUUUUUUUUUCCCCUUCUACGUUUUUAAACCAGAACUCCUCGUGUUCCAGGUUUUCUUUUCUUUUUUUUCCCCCCCUUAAAGUUUUAAUAUUGGAUAUAAUUUCAGUUAAAUUGUAAGGAGAAGCUAUUUCUAGUCGGCAUCACACUUGAUUUCUGCAGUCUUGUCAUGUUUAUCUGUUAAAAAACAACAAAAAAAACAAAAACGCAGCGGCAGUAUUAUGAAAAGGCAUCUGAAUAUUUCCCUACCGGGUGAUUUUUGUUCGACCACCAGAACCUCCAGGAAGCUCUUUGUGCCGCCGACGCCACUCCGGGUUUUUUUAAAACGCCGCAGCAGAGACACAGGAGUUGUUUUUUCCUUUAUUUUAUUUUUUUUAUUUUUAACGGGGGAACUUCCUCACGGUGUUGGACCACAGCAUCGCUGACACCCUGGAGAAUGGAGGAGCCGACGGGGACCGUCCGCCAGGUGGAUCGUACAACAUGACAACCUUUCUGUUUUUUUUUUUUUUCUUUUUUUGCGUUAGAUGACAGAAGCUGUUUUAAAAAAAGAAAAGGAGAAAAAAAAAGUUCAGAAGUUACAGAAUUUCAAUAGAGUUCAAAAAGACGAAUAAAGAUGUUAAAGACAAA